ACGUCUACUGCAUCGUAAACAUCCGGCGACACGUCUCCCAGACUCAGCGCUGAACUGUUGGAGGCAUCUUUAUUUAUUUUUUUACCCUCCUCAUAUUUUAAGUUAAUGGUUCAUGUUAUUCCUUUGACUUUUUUAGAGCCAGUUUGACAGUUUAAAGCGUUUUUUUUCUCCUUCUGACCUGCGGCGCUUUAGUCUAGCCCGGAGCUUCAGAUGGGGGAGGUGAGAAAGCUGCAGAAGAAGUUGAGACAGAUUGAGAAUCUGGAAAUAAAAAUCAGUCUUACCCCAGAGGAGAGAUUUAAGGUACAAAAACACUUCAUCUGCCUAUACCCUUCUAUUAUUGUGAUCUGUAUAACCUGUGUGACUUUGGCAGAGCCUGAGAUUUCCCUCUGGUGUAAAAAAACAGGUGAUGACUGAAGCUUCGACUUUAAAAACUGCAGUCAGAGCUUUAGGAAAAAUGAAAAACACAAGAACAAAUCUGCACCGACCCACACAAGCUGAAGAUCACUGAGAAAGGUUGAGCUGCAUAUUCAAACAGUUCAUUGAAGUAGGCUUAUUACAGCAUAUCAGAUUUGGCACCUAGUAUCCAAGCUCACAUGGUUAAAUAAAGAUGGCAUUUUAAUGGUGUUACAAGUUUUGAAGAUGGGCUCCUUAAAGUAGAAGUAACAGUUUUGCUAUCUUAAAGAGGAAAAAUAUGUGAUUAGCAUGAAUUAAAGAUAAUGUUGGGAUGAAUAAUUUGACAGUUUUUGCCUCGGGAAUGUGAGAGAUCAGAAGCCCAGACUUUGAGCAGAGUGCAUCAGACAAAAUAAUGAUCAGGAGCCUCAGGAGAGCUUCAGUCUGUCACAGAGCAGAAUCUGGGUGCUGAAAGGUUGUGAAUGUAGGUCCUUAUUUAUACCUUUCUGUCCUUGAUUUAUUAAUGAGUAAAAGGUUUACACUAGCAGAAAAAUGGUUGUAAUAAAUAUUUAAGUUCUCGUUAAGGAAUUCACUUAAGGUGAGUUACUGUCUGUGUGCACAACAGAGCCACUGAGACUCAAAUAUGAAAUAUAUUUUCAGGGACUCACUUGUAAACACAUGUGAGAGCAAUACAGAAGAGCCACUUAAACCCAGACAUCAUUGCGAAUAGAAAAUGUAGAGACCACAGCAGGUUAAGACUAUUUAUUUCAUUCCAUAUUUCAUACCAUUUUAUGAAAAAGUAGUAUUGUCUGGUAGAGUAUAUUUUGAAGGACACUGGAGUGUGUGCAGCACUUCUAUUGUGUGCUAUAUCCUACCUUGUCAUAUCAUAUGAUUUUAUAUUGUAUUGUAUCAGAAGAGUCUCUCAUUUUGUAUCACAACCACCUCUAAUGACUUGUUUUUGGUUUUGGUUUACCUCACUUAUUCAUGAUUGUUCAAUUUUUGAAAGAAUAAAUCAAGUUGCCAUGUUUUUGUACAAACAACCAGAUCUGGAAUUUUAUGCUCACAAAUGCUGAAGAACAACAAUAAAUACUCAAAAAGUGCUUAAAACAUCCCGUGCAAUGAUUAAUUUCAGCUUCAAAAAGUCAAUAACAUUGAUUAUUUAGUUACUGACGAUUUAGCAGCAGAUAUCCAGCCACAUUUUUCACAAUGUAGCUCUUCCCAUUGUGAGAUUCUCUGCCCACUAUUGCCCUCCAACUAUAAGUUAAUCUAAUUUUUUUUACUUUAAAGAAGUCUCCAAGCCAAAGUCAACACAAUUUCCAUGUUCUUUAUUGCAUCGACAUGAGUGUUUUCUUAGUUUUAUCAAAGCCCUGACUGAGCCACAAAAGUGAUGAAAGUUUUGGCACAUUUAAAGAUCUGAUGUGUAAGUUUAAAACUAAUGGAGGGCUCCUUUAGAAUAAGUAAACAUCUACUUUCUAUCAAAAAGGCAUUGCUAAUUCACUCAAUUUUGCAUGUUUCAUCGCUCAUAUUGAGACAGAACUUCAGUGUACGUUCCAGUCGCAGCCUAAUAAAUGAAGACAGGCUGAGCAUGUUGGUUGUGCAUAUAAACAACUUGUGGAUUAAGCAGCUUGGUCUACAACCAAUCUUGUGCCUUCUCCCCUCUCAGAUCUCCAGGAAGGCGGAGCUGCGUUCCAGAUUGGCUGAGCUUCAGCUGCAGCUUUCUGGCCCGCAGCAAACUCUGGGGAUUGUGGGAGACGGAAAAAAGGAGAAGAUGAAAAGACAAGUGUAAGGAAGUGAGGGAGAGGUACCAGUGAGAAGAGGGGGGCAGAUGGAGGGGAGCGUAAUUCUUCAAAAGCAAUAACAUUCAGGCUGAAGACUUUGAUCUUUUUGUAUGCCGAACCGAACACACUGGGGGGUCAAAUGCUAUCACACUAGCACAAAAAAAGGGGACACUGUUCCUGAUGUGUCAUGUAAACAAGAGUCAUGGAUGUCCUCCCAUUAUUAGAGCUCCUCUGGGUAUUGUGCAGUUCACCAUAUGUUGGUAUUAACAUUAUCAACCUAAAUAAAACACAUCCAGUUCUUCUAAUGCCCAGCUCAUUAAGAAGUAAUGUUUGUGUUUGUGCAUGACUUCCUCCACAGGUAGGAUGCUCUGUGUGCUUUGCAUUUCAACUAUUCAUUCAGCUCCUGCUUUCUGCACUGGCACAGGGAGGAUGCCCCCGAGGCCCUUCCAUCACAAACGCCUCCAGCCUCCAAGAUCCUUAAGGGAGAGAAAGAGUCCAAAACUCAAGAAACGCCAGCGCCGACUGCCAGGCAGAGGGAGACAGGAGGGUCAGCACAGACAAGCGGGUGGCAGGAGAGGACCGAGCCCGUUGAGGUGUCAGAUCACUGCCCAGACGCAUCAGGAGGUGGAGUGGACUCUGACAAUGAGUGGGCACUACAGCAGGAAGGUGGGAUGCUUGAGAAAAGCGGCUGCAGACAUUGUUAUUACAGUUAAAAGAACAAUGAAGCGUCCUAAUUUGUGAUUAACAUCUGAAACCAGAUUAUACAUUUAUACCCUGAGGAGUCCUAACAAGCUCAUGUGUCUGCCAGUGUUCAAACCAGCAGACUGCGCUUGUUUCCCUGAAGAUUUUAUUGCAGGUUUUGCAUCCUUGGAGCUAAAUUAGUGCAGUGUUUUGCACAGCCAAACUAAUCCAUAUUGAAGAAGUGUGUAGAUUAACAAGCUGGGGUGCUGAUGAGGCAACGUUGCUAAUUGCAUGAAUCAUUUUUUUCACUCACAGAAGCAGAAUUUACAUCCCUCCGGUCGUCCUGGGAGAAGGCAAGAUUCCGCUUGAGGCUGUUGGAGGGCCACAAUGACAUUGUCACCUGUGUGGUUGCCGUUGACAACCUGGUUGUUUCUGGAAGGUAAAGCGGGGCCACGAUUUGCAUAAUGAAUGUGCAAAGUGAACACUUCACCUAAUUUAUCACUUAAUACGCUCCUGCUUUCUCCUUUGCUGUCUGACAUGUAUUUGUUUUCUCCCCCCCCGCCCGGACUGCACGGUGCAAAUCUCCUGCGAUUUCCACUGAACGCCUUUUAACUUCUUUUAACGCCUUCUCUGACUCACUAUAACUUCAUUUUUUCCCUCUCUGUAUUCUCUUUUUCUCACUCUGUUUCUUUUCCCCCUCUCAAGCCGCGAUACCACAGUGAAGGUGUGGCGUGUUCCCACGGCAACAGAGCACAAGAACCUCGGGGGUCACAGCGGUGGGGUCACCUGCCUGUCUGCUCCACCCCCCGAGUACUGCAGGAGGCUGGGUGAGGACACACACAUCCAUACGCUCAUACGCACGCCUUUACAUGAGCCACAGCUGAGUAAUGCCUGUGUCCUGCAGUCUGGUAAUUAUAGGAACAGUUCAUCAGAUCAACCCCAGUGAGAGAUAACCUCAGCAGACACUUUAGAGAGCUCACUGCCUGUCUGAAGCAGGCAGCCCUCCAUCACUUCAGCUCCAACGUCUCCCCUCCUCCCACACUCACUCCCCACCUUUUCCUCCCCCCAAUUUAAAAUACAAAGUUGAGUUUGCCGCACAUAAACGAUGCAGCUUUAGUCACACAAUGUACAUCAACUCAUUAUUUGUUUCUUUAUUUUUUUAAACCCUGUCCCUUCUGUCUUUGCCUCUUCCCUGCAAUCUGUCUCUUUUCUUCAUUUUGUACAUCAUCACUUAUUUACAGCUUCCCUCUCGGCUUAAUCUUUUUUGUCCUCUCUCCUCUCUCUCUCUUGUCUGUUAUCCCUGUUCCUUCCUCCUCCACAUCCUCCUCCUCUUCUGUCCCCUCCUGCUCUUUUGUCUAUGUUUGCCCUCUCCCCAGCCUGGUCCCUUUCUCUGUCGGACAAGGAGAGAUUUAUAUUGAGUGGCUCAGCGGACUGCAAUGUGAAGAUCUGGGCCCUGAGCAUUGGUAACCUCAAACAUACGUAUUAAAGAUGUAUACCUGUGUAAAUUAUACCAGACGUAGCCUUGGGGUCUGUCUUAGAAACAUGUGCUUGCCUUUUAAUCGAUACGUGUCUGUGUGACUGGUAGUCAGUGUCCUGAUAAUGAAAUGAGUGUUUUACAAUUUCCUUCAGGGCAAUGUGUGAAGUCGAUCUACACCUUCAAUGCUGUGACUGCGCUCUGCUUUGUGCCAGAGGAGGAUGGCUACAUCAUCACUGGGUCAGGUGAGUUUUGUGUGAAAAAGCGGCAACUCAUCACAUCAGAUUUGUAUCUGGGACCUACUUCAGUGCGUCUAUGCUUUUGAGCGUAUUAUAGGCACAAUCUCACGCUGCUGUUCUCUGCCAGUGAGUCAGUGUGUGUGUGUGUGUGUGGUGCAGGGCCAUUGAGCUAAAUCACAAAGAUGGAGGCACAGAGUUUAGGGCAGGCAGGCUCAGGUGUGUCGAACCGUGACCAGCAAUAAUGACUGCCAGCCACCUGUCAGCUCACGUUAACCUCACACUCUGUCUCCCCUCCCAGACGGGGGGAAAGUUCAAGCCUGGAGCUGGCACACCUUCCAGAACUGCCAGUCAAUCAACGCUCACCAGGAAGCAGUCACCUCCAUUCAGGUGGGCCGAUCUCAUGCCCGCAUACUGGCCACAAAAUUGCUGGAUGCUUGAACUGUUUGUUAUGCGCAGCUUAUUUUUAUGAUGUUUUGCACAAACAAAACAUUUCUCCCUGACUACCGGCUCACUCGAGCAGUGUCAAAACUCUUAAUUUAAUUUGUGAAAAAAGCUUCUUCUGAGGAAAUCAAACAUCUAUAUUACUCCGCUCCAACCCUCACGCAAUUUUUUCAGGUUUAUUGCCUUCAAAUCAAAGAUAUUUGUGAAGAAGAAAGCUGUGGAGCCUGGCCAAUUAUAGAAGCACACUGUACUUGUUUUGAGCAAAAAGGCUUUUUAUGAAUAUUGAAAUCCAACGCUGCAUCUGCACAUUUGUUUUCCUAUGUGCAAUCAUCAAAAUAUGCCCAAAGCAUUAAAGCGCAGCACAUCAUUGUCAUCUCUUUUGUGUUUCUCAUGCAAAGCGCACAAUCCAUUUAUAACCAGCAGUGGCGCAGAAAAGUACAUUUUGAAACUGUUCACACACUUCCUCUUCAUUUACACAAAUACACAUAAACACACACACACGCGCUGGGUGAAGACUUGUAUCACCAUGACAACCGUGUCUCCCAUGCCCUCCACAGUCUCAGGGUCCGCUGGUGUUCAGCGGCUCAGCUGAAGGGGGGGUGUCUGUGUGGGAGAACCGGUGCUCCGAUCAAGACCCCCUCAGGCUGCUGCACCACUGGAGCGGACAGGUGACCGGUUGUGGAGGGGGGCCAGGGGGACGCGUGACCCUCAGCCCGCGGGGAGACCGGGUGUUCCUGGCCCAUGGUAGAGCCUGGCUUAAGAUCCUGCACUGGAGGAGCGGUAAGCUUUAGAAUUAGAUUGGCUGUGUGUCUGUGUGUGUGUGUGUGUGUGUGCGUGCGUGCGUGCGUGUGUGUGCGUGUUUGUGAAAUACAGAGACAGCUUGAAAAAGGAAGACAGAUGCAGGAGCAUUUGCAUAAUCCUUCCACCUAACAUCUGUCCAAUUACCACAGGAACCAUGUCCAGACUGACCAAUCACAGCAGCAUCACCGGGGUAACAGAUUGUGUUCACCAGGCAGGAGGCCUCCUAAUUGGCUCCUGCUACGAUGUGGCAAAUGGAGAGAGCUCGCUGAACAGUGAGUCCCAGUGAAAACCAUGUGCAACCAGAAGUUCCUCACUCGACUCUGAGUGGGUGAAAGCACUUUAAGACAAAAUCGAAACCGCUUUGUUUUCCUCCACUGACCUUCUUCCUUCCCUCUCAUGCCUACAGUGUUCGCUCUUCCUCAGUGUCACUACCUGGCCUCUCUGACCUGGCCCUGCGCUCCCAGAAUCCUCUGCUUUGCUGCAUGGACCACUGGGAGCGGGGACCACCGGUGGGUCACCGGAGGUCGAGACCUCGUCGUAUGGGAGCAGCUCCCCAGCUCCGGCAAGCAAAGGUGGGCACAAGACGUGUCAUAACAACUCACCUUCAAAAAGAACUGAGUCUAAACUGAUAAAUUAUGUUUUCUUAUUUGCAUAUUCAUCAUUUUCUCCAAGGUCACAAGCAUAGCUAAUUCUAAAGCUAUUCUGGGAUUCACAAUAUGCUAAUGGAUUAACAGAUCUUGACACACACUUCUACUGGUAUUAGGUGUUAAAUGAAGUGCGGGUAUGAAUGUUUCAGGGGUGACGUCACAGUCAGGAGAGACAGCCGAUUGGAGUCCUGCUCACUGGAAUCAGAGGGAGACACAGAAGAUGACGAAGAGACUGAUGGUACACAUAAACACACAAACACACACAUAAAAAAAAAAACACUCAGAUUAUAAUUUUAACACCUCUCCAUGUCGUGAUUUAUCAACACGCUCUUGAUGAGCAUCCGUGGAAUAUCAGAUACAGUAUCCUGUUAAUUAUAGAUGAUCCGUGUCGUGACAAAUCCUUUUGACCUGCUUGUCAAAUUUAGAUUACGAGGAAGACAACGAUGAAGGAGAAGACAGUGGCUGUGAUGUUACAGAAGAUGAAGGGUCUGGCUCGUGGCUGCGCUGCGUUCUUCAGUGAGAGACAGUUUCUCACACCAUGGACACCACAGCCUCCAGCCAGGAGAAGGAGGAGAGGGAGGGAGGUGACAGUGAAGAAGAGUGCAGGGGGGUGAACUGUGACAGUGUCGGAGAAGGAGCAUAUGGAUGGAGAAAGUGUGUGUGUGUGUGUGUGUGUUUGUUUGCAUGUGUGUGUGUGUGUGUUUGUGAGCAGAUAGUUUUCCAUGUAAAUAUUAUUUCCACAUAUAAUAAAAGUGUCACAGUGUGACUCAUGCCUCCAAA